UUUUCAAAGGUUUCCAUGGAAACGUAAACAAAAACCUGUCCGUGAUUUGUGUCCACUUCCAUUCUAAACAGUCGCGUGUCCGUAGCAAUGGACCUGACCGGCGUCAGACAGGUGUCCUCAGCAGGCCGCCGGGUCUCGCAGCGACCAAAGGAGAUCAGCCCCGCAACGAGCCCCGCAGCAGGGGACCGCAGGACGCAGCAGGACCCAGCGGAACAUGAUAGGUCCAGGAAAAAUGCGGUAAAACAGGACGAACUGUGGAAAGAUUUGGUGUGCAGAGAGAGGGGACAGGCACAGCAAUGGGAGAAGACCUGGGACUUUCUUUUAAAAUCUGAUACUCUGGGUGGGCCAAGGGAAGAGAUAUCUUUACCCAACAACAUCUCAGUCUUCUCUGAUAGCUCACCCAACACCACUAAUCAGAUUUACGGGAACAGACAGUUCACACCUCUGGGGAGGGAGAUGGUCAGACGGGACAGGUUGAUUCUCUGGUCUGGAAGCCACAGACGCAGGAUGAAGCCAGACCUGGAGCUGCAGCCUUGUUAAAGCCAGGAUGUGUCACCAAAGCAGGGGUCUGCACCUGGAUAUCUUAUAAAGCCAAUAAAUAGUCCAAAAU